AUGGUUUCUACUCCUAAGAAAAAGCGCACUGCAAGCAUAGCCAUAUCGCCACUGAAGGUAUCGUCCGUCAAUGAUAUACCACUUAAGACAAGAGCCAAAAAAAAGUCAAAUAAAACUUACCAAUUUGCUCCUCUGAACAAUCUAAGUUCUGGUGAGCCUGUACUGAAAUCUAUUCCUAUAUCUAAGGUACGAAAUGCUGAUCCAGCGUUAAAAGCGAAGGGCCUUUCUGGCAAGACUAGGGUACAACCUCAAUCUAAAGUGAAGGAAAAUAACGUACUAGGAAGCUGUAAAGUCCAUCCAGACAGAUCACCUGAAACAAGAUAUAGUGAUGGUCCAUCAGAGGAAGUAAUAUGGAGGUACUCUCCGAGAAGAUUAGAUGAGCAAAUAGCAAAUCACUAUGAUCUAGCAGAUGAAAGUGACAAUGACGACUCAAUGAAUGGUGCUGACAUAAGGGGCCAGUCUUCUACACCAUUAAUCAAUGACAAGUUUAAAGAUUUGAUUGGUUGUGAUGACAUAAAUGAGGAAAUUCCAAUUGGAACACACGGUAGAGUAGCGCAAGGUUCUCCCAUCAAGAAGGCCCAAAGGGAAGUGACACCGAUUCGAGAUAUCAAUGAAAUUUUGAAUGAUCUUGAAGGUCCUAAAACACUACCACCAUCUUCUCCUGUUGGUAGAGAAAACAGCGUAAGCGAUGAAGCAUCUUCAAAACCAUCACAAGUACCAAUCUUAAACAACACUAGCAUAAAGGAAGCGAAUAAAAAUAGUUUUAGCAUAGAUCAACCAGGCAUGAGAAAAUCAAAAAGCCCAGUUUGCAUUAAUAUAGACUCUGAUGAAAGUGAUAAGGCAGAGUGUAAAGAGGUUGAUGAGGAAGAAGAUGACGAUUCUUUAAUUGAUAUCUUGACUCAACGUUUUACCAAACCUUCUUUCAAAGAUAUGGAUGACCAAUCUUCACAGUCACAAGAAGAUUCUCUAUUGGAGUUGUUAGAAGAAGAAAUGGAAAUUUCACACAAUAACGUAACGACAAACGCACAAAAGCAAUCGCAACUACAGACAAGGAAAAGAUUAGAAAGAGUGGAGGUUGUUCUUGAACCACAAGAGGAAUCUGGAGAAGAAAGUGUAAAUCCCAAAUCAGAUCAAAAUGUUUCUCCUUUAGAACAAGAGGAUGAAAUAACUAGAUAUGCUAAACUGGCAGAAUUUCCUUAUCCACAAAAAGGCUUUCAAAGGCUUUGUAUCUAUGAUAUAAAAGAAUUGAAAACCCCACUUCAAAUAAUAUUAACCUGCAUAAACCAGCAUAAAGAAAAAAUAAAUAUUAUUCUUAGAGAACCUUGGGUCCGCUACAAAUAUGAGAAAGGCAUGAUUAUACAUCUAAUUGCGGGCGAGAACUUCCCAAACAAGCGUUUGUUGUCAAAUGAUAAAGAUCCUAAAACAGGAUUAGAGAAUGAUAAUUUAUUGAUUGUAUACCCCGAUGUUCUUCUUUCUGCAACUAUGAUCGGUACCGCCAUGGAUUGUGAGAGAAGAGCAGUUCUAUCUGCAAGACUUAAUGAACCUGGUGAAUAUUCUAUGGCUGCAACUCUCGGUAAUAUAAUUCAUUCCUUAAUACAGGAAUUGUUACGCCUUAAACUAUUGCAACCAAAUCAAUUCAUUUCAAAAGGGCUUGCAUUGGAAGUACUGGAUAAAAUUAUAAAACCUUUUACCACAGAGGUGAACAUGUGCAACGAAUCGGUAGACAGUGCUGUUAAAACUAUAACAGAUGAACACUUACCUUUUAUCAUAGAGUUCGUGAAUACCAAUGUAACAAAGGAAAAUGCGAGAUCCUGGGUUCAAGUUAUAGGGUCUAAAAACAAGCGGAAACUGUCAGUUUCAGAUAUCAUUGAUAUAGAAGAGAAUAUAUGGUCGGCUAAGUAUGGAUUGAAGGGUUAUAUCGACGUUACGGUGGAAACUAAUGUAGAUAAUGAUGGAAAACGGUUAUUGGCUCCAAUUGAGAUAAAAACUGGCAAAUGGAAAUCUAACGCACACGAAGCACAAGGGCUUAUUUACACCUUAUUAUUGCAAGACAGAUAUGAUAUACCAGUCAAUGCGCAUAUGAUGCUUUACACUAAACUAAAAGAGUUUUCACUACAACCUAAGGUCCUAAAUUCUCUAAAGCAUUUGCUCAAUUUAAGAAACAAGUUAGCGAAAUAUCUUCAGGUUAUGAAUCAAGAGAUGUCAGAUUGGGGUGGGACAGAACAUGAAUUGCCUGAAAUGAUUCAAAGUUCGAAAUGUGACCAAUGCUUCUCGAAAAAUUCCUGUAUGGUUUUAAAUAAGUUAAGUGACAAAGAACAAAUGCCUGGGUUGUUAAAACAUGAAUACUCUGAUCUGACGAGGCAUCUUGAAGGGAAACUACAGCUUUACCGUUCCUUCUAUCGUAAAUAUGAUAGGUUGUUAAUGAUGGAAGAAACAAGUGUUGUCAGUCUUGUAAAAGACACCUUCUUGAUGUCUGGAGAGGAGAGAGAGUUACAAACAGGAUACUGUGUAAGUGAAUUAAGGUUAUCAAAUGUACAAAAUCUUGGCCAACGAUACCUCUACACUUUUACGCGCGAUAAGCAAAAGAGAAGCAGCAAGUCCAGAAUUAGCAAAGACGACAAUCCAUCUAUGGAGUCACUGAGUAUGCUCUCCUCAAAUAUACAUCAGAAUGAUUACGUAAUGAUUAGUGACAACAUCACUGGUCAAUUAGCAGUUGGUACAGGCCAUGUAGUGGAGAUAGCAGAAGAUUUUAUUGUAGUAAGCUGCGGUAGAAAUAUUUUGGCAAACAACAUACAUGGUGAUUCCUUCAAUAGAGAUACAAGACAAGUUGUUCGCAGUGUCUUAAUGAACCAAUCAAUACAACUUCAAGAGAAUACAAAGUUGACAAGUCAGCGCUAUAGAAUCGAUAAGAAUGAAAGUGCUACAGGACUAGCACUAGCACGUUACAACUUAUUGAACCUAUUCCUCCCAGAAGUUCUAUUAGAAUCAGGUUCUUCUUUACCAGCAUCGGGGGAAAAAUCUUUUCUACCUGCGAAACAGUCUCUUGGCGGAUAUUCAAGAGGCCGUAAUCUCAUCGUUGAACUUAAUGAACCGCAAUGGGUGAAAAAUGUAACAAAAUUGCCUACUAUCAGCGGUGACUUUAAUGCUCAACAACAAAAGGCUAUAGAAAGGUCACUAACCUGUCGUGAUUACAACCUUAUUUUAGGCAUGCCCGGCACAGGUAAGACUUCUGUCAUUUGUGAGUUAGUUUCUAUUCUUGUUGGCCAAGGUAAGUCUGUGUUAGUAACUAGUUACACCAAUUCUGCAGUGGACAACAUAAUGAUGAAGUUGAUUAAAAGAGUAGCAAGAUCCAAGAUGGUACGUUUAGGAUCUAAGAGCAAAGUCCAUGAGUUGAUUAAACCAUAUUGCAUUUCGGAACUAUACAAUGGAGAAAAUGAAAACAUGAGCGGUAUCAUUGAUGGGGCCCAAGUUGUUGGUGUAACAUGCCUUGGAAUCAAUGAUCCAUGGCUACAGCUAAGAACAGGCGAUUUCCAUUAUGUGAUAUUGGAUGAGGCCAGUCAGGUGUCUUUGCCGGUAGCAAUCGGUCCUUUACGUUUCGGGUAUAAAUUUAUUUUGGUCGGUGAUCAUUACCAACUACCGCCAUUAGUGAAGAAUAAAUUUGCUCAAGAGAAUGGCCUACAAGAGUCCUUAUUCGAGCGACUCUGUAGGACUCACCCACAGAGUGUAGUUGAGUUGCAAGAACAAUACCGUAUGAACCAAGAAAUAAUGUCUCUUUCGAAUAUUUUGAUAUACGAGGGAAAGCUUCGUUGCGGCACAAAUUCUGUGCGUGAUCAAAGGUUAGAGUUCCCCGAUGAUGCAGUAAUGUGCAAAAUGGCAAAUGAAACAACACUGCUCCAUAAGCUGAUUGACCCUAACCGACCGGUGGUGAUAUUCGACCAUGAUGCCGGGUGGGACGAGAACUACGGCCCAGAACAGUGCCAGGAACAAAAUGACCAUGGCCAAAUAUGCAACGUUGGCGAGGCUAGAAUAGUAGAUCAAAUCGUUCGCAAAUUACUCGAGUACGGUAUACAGGAUCGUCAAAUAGGAGUGAUGUCAAUGUACAAGGCCCAAAUGAGCUUGCUACGUACUACUUUUGAGGACACAAAUAUCGAAGUUUUGACCGCCGAUCAGUUCCAGGGAAGGGACAAGGACUGUAUAGUGGUCUCAAUGGUGCGCAGUAACCCAGACCAAUCCAGUGGUGUGCUCUUACGUGACAUACGUCGUAUGAACGUUGCAAUGAGCAGAGCUAAAAAGAAACUUAUAGUAGUCUGUUCAUGGCAGUGCGUCUCUGCCAUACAUUCAUUGAAACCGUUUAUCAACCACGUGGUUAGAAAUAAUUGGGUGUUAAGCCGCAGAGACCAAGAAAACCGUGCUUCCAACCCGGUAGUCAAGAACUAG